AUGUCCCUACGUCCCACCGACAUGAUUAAAUCCCUUGAACUUAGCGGGCAAGACUUGUCACGCCCAUCUUCUUUAGCUGAAGAAGAUGAAGACAAGAUCAGCUUAUUACCUGAAUCCUUGAUAUGUCAUAUACUUAGCUUUCUUACGACUGACGAAGCUGUUUUUACAAGUGUCUUGUCCUCUACAUGGAGGUACCUCUGGAAAAGGGUUCCGAAGUUAGAAUUAGAGAGCUCUGAUUUCCCAAAUGACGAAGCUUGUGUGGAUUUCAUCGACAAGUUCCUGAAUGUCCAGAGCUUGCUUGAAUUCAGUUUAUGCAUUGACUCAGAUGGCUCUAAAAACGACGCGUCUCUUUAUGAGUUUUGUCUCGGUAAAUGGAUCAAGCGCAAGAUUCACUAUUUCGAAGUCUUAUGUCAUCGGAACACUAAGAUACCCAUAAAACUUCCUCCGUGUGAGGCAUUGGGAUGCUUAAGUCUCAACGACACUAGCUCUUGUGUUCUUGAUACUCCGAGGCUUGAGUAUCUGAGUCUCAUAGAUAACAAUUUCAAAAGUUUAAACAUAAUCAGUAUGAGUGACUCUGUGGAGGUCUUUAUUGAUGUUGACUUUAAGCUGAUGCAUCAUGACUUAUCGGAAAGAAAUAUCAUCCAUAAUCUUCUCAGCAAUUUUUCAGCUAUUGGAGAUAUGACCAUCUCAUGGACAACUCUCAAGUUAAUCCAUGGUCUCCGGCACACGAACCCACUACCCAAAUUUCGUUACUUGACCUGUUUGCAUGCUACUAUGUCCUUAGACGCCUCACCAGAAUUAUUGCCAAUCGUUCUUGAGAGCUGCCCGAAUCUGAAACGCUUGACCUUGGUAGUGACUUGCUUCAAACAUUUUGGUAAUAUUAUGAGAUGGAUUCGUUUGCGUCGGUUGGAGAAUUUUGUUAUGGAUGAUGAUCCAGAGGGAGUGGCAACUAUUCUUUCGAAUGUGCUGCCUUAUUGUUUGGUAUGUUCGCUUGAAUAUGUUACAAUUAGAAGCCCGAUUACGGACAAAGCAACGACACGGAAACUGGUUAGGUACUUUCUAGGCAACGCGACAUCACUCAAGAACCUUGUUCUACGUCUGAGUGUCUUCUAUGGAGAGAAGCCACACAAUUUUGAUCGCGUGAAACAGUACUUUGACUCUCCGAGACGCUCUCAUUUGUGUCAUUUUGAAGUUAUUUGGGACUAA